AUGUCCGAUUACAACUCUCUCUAUCAGCAAGGCCUGUACCUCUCUCCCGGUCAACAGGACCUUCUCCUUGCCGCUCUUUCAUCCAACAACCAUUCCCAGAAACAGCAGAACACGCCCCAAAAUCCCAAGUCGAAGAACGAUCCUGAGAACACUCCGGGGCGUACGUCGUCCGCAAGCUACAGCGCGUCCCCCGGGUUUGACCGCUCUCAGAACUCCGGUAACCUAGGAUUUGAUGACGAGAGCCCUUUCCUUGACUUCAACCCUGACCUCGACUUUGAUUUCCAAGGCUCUGAAAGCCUGAUUGGUGAUCUCCCAGGCGGCUUUCCGUCUGAUGAUCCUGAGGUUGGAGAGAAGAGGAAGGACCUAGAGGGACGAUCGGAUAACGAAAAUGAAGACUCUGGGAAGAAGCGAAGGGAAAGCGACGACAAAACAGCUAAGAAGCCAGGGCGGAAGCCACUGACCUCCGAACCCACUUCUAAACGCAAGGCCCAGAAUCGCGCAGCUCAGCGGGCGUUCCGUGAGCGCAAGGAGAAACAUUUGAAGGACCUUGAGACCAAGGUGGAUGAAUUGCAAAAAGCUUCGGACGAUGCGAACCAGGAAAAUGGCCUGCUGCGUGCUCAGGUGGAGCGUCUGCAAGUUGAACUAAAAGAGUAUCGUAAGCGUCUCUCGUGGGUGACAACUGGGAGUGGAAUUUCUGCAAUCAACGCCAUUCCAAGUGCCUAUCCCAACAAAGGAUCAUCUGGAAUCCAAAAUCACGAUUUCAUGUUCGAUUUCCCUAAGUUCGGAGACCUGCCGGCCUCACACAUUUUCAACAACGGACAAAUGUCCAAGUCCAACAACCAAAACAAGUCCAGGGAUGAUCAGCAUACGUCGCAGCGGAAUGACUCUUAUGUCCCUGGCGUUUUGAACCGGGACUCCCUCCGUUCAGCAAACGGUCAAGCUUCUGCCAAGCCUGCCAACUCUCCAACCGUUGCUUCGGAAUCAGCCGGCACGACUCCCACCUCCACGAAUGGUUCAUCUCGAGGCCAGGCUCCGAAGUAUUCUUCCGCUUACAAUACCAAGCAGUCGGGGUCCUCACUUGGUGCAUCGAAUUCAGACUCCCCAUCGUCCUCGUCCGACUCACAUCAGAGCCAGCUGUUGUCUUCUAGUGGGACUUCCCCCGAGCCCACCACAAACUCGCCAGCAAACAAGACCCACGAUGAUGGGCACCACUGCACUUACAGUACCAUCAAUGGUGAAGAGUCUUUCUGCGCUCAGCUUGGUAUGGCCUGUGGCAACAUUAGAAACCCAAUCCCAGCCGUGAGACACAACAGCGAGAGUGCAUCGAAUACUCCCGGGCAGACGGCCCCCGCCGAGGCGCAGCAAGAUAACGAUAACAGCCUUGGACUUGAUCUCCUGGCCCAACAGAAUGGAGGCCAGUUUGACCCCGUGCUUUUUGGGGACUGGCGGGAACCCCAGGAUGCGAUCCUUUCUCAGGAUUUUGGCACCUUCUUUGACGAUGCCUUCCCUCUGCCCGACUUGGGAAGCCCCUCUCAUAACUUCAACGAGGUGGCCAACCAGCAGCCACAAAACACGCAGCAGCCGCCGCCCAAGAAAGACCUACUCGCUUCUAUUGACCAGAAAUUGGACGAGGAAGAAAUGGUUCCCGGAGAGGACAAGUCUCAGAUGCUGUCGUGCACCAAGAUAUGGGAUCGUUUGCAGUCUAUGGAAAGGUUCCGCAACGGCGAGAUUGAUGUCGACAACCUCUGCUCUGAACUUCGUACUAAAGCUCGAUGCUCCGAGGGAGGCGUCGUCGUCAAUCAAAAGGACGUUGACGAUAUCAUGGGACGUGCUCACUAG